CUUCUUGUUUCAAGCUGCGCUCGAGAGACGGACGCACGCACCAUUCUUCCUCGCGUCUUUAUUUGCCGGUGUGCGCGAGUGGCGUCGUUUGUUUGAAGUGGUGCUUAGGAAAGCAUGUCAGGCUCAACUUCUCCGCCUCCCUCGGCAGAGACUGUGGGAACCGAAGGAUGUUUCCCCCCUGGAUACAAGCCUUUCAAACCCGAAGAGCACGGCCUGGAGCGCGGGUUUCGUCUCACAUCCUUUUCGGACUUGAAGGGAUGAGGCUGCAAGGUCCCGCAGGAGGCUCUGCUCAAACUCCUGGCGGGACUGGAUGCGGACCGGGCCGACGGGACAGGGAAGGCCGGAGACCAACCAUCGGAGUUCGGCCAGCAGUUGCCCGGCCCCCGACUUGGCGUAGGGAUGGACUGCUGUGUGAUUCCCUUAAGGCAUGGAGGGCUCUCACUGGUCCAGACCACAGACUUCUUCUACCCUCUGGUGGAGGAUCCCUACAUGAUGGGCAGGAUAGCGUGUGCUAACGUCCUCAGUGAUCUCUACGCCAUGGGUAUCACAGAGUGUGACAACAUGCUCAUGCUACUGAGCGUCAGCCAAAAGAUGAAUGACAAGGACCGUGAGCGGGUGAUGCCGCUGAUGAUUCGUGGGUUUCGUGAUGCAGCAGAGGAAGGAGGAACUUCUGUGACAGGAGGCCAGACGGUGAUCAACCCCUGGAUCAUUGUAGGGGGAGUAGCAUCAGUUGUCUGCCAGCCUAAUGAGUUCAUCAUGCCGGAUGGUGCUGUACCAGGCGACGUCUUAGUUCUGACUAAACCUCUGGGGACGCAGGUGGCUGUGAAUGCUCACCAAUGGCUCGAUCAGCCUGAAAGGUGGAACAAGAUCAAGCUAGUCGUGACCAAAGAGGAAGUUAAAGAAGCCUAUCAAGAAGCCAUGUUCUCCAUGGCAACACUAAACCGCACAGCGGCAGGUCUAAUGCACAAGUUCCAGGCACACGCUGCGACUGACGUUACAGGUUUUGGCUUGCUAGGUCACGCCAACAACUUGGCAGCACAGCAACGAAACGAGGUGGCUUUUGUCAUCCAUAAUCUACCAAUCAUAGCCAAGAUGGCUGCCAUCAGUAAAGCCUACGGAAAUGUGUUCAACCUGGUUCAGGGCACGUCAGCAGAGACUUCUGGUGGGCUGCUGGUGUGUCUGCCCAGAGAACAGGCGGCCAAGUUUUGCUCGGAAAUGAAGAGCCAGAGCUCUGGAGCUGGAGGUCAGGGGGCAGUGGGUGGGGCGUGGAUAAUCGGAAUUGUGGAGAAAGGCGACCGUCGCGCUCGCAUCAUUGACAAGCCGCGCAUCAUUGAGGUUCCACCGCGAGGAAGCCAGGCAACAAAUCAGGACAACAGUUCCAACAGCCCCGCUCCUAGCCCCAAUCUGUCAUAGACAUUGCUGCCCCACUGACACUGGUCCUGUGUAGGGGGGGUGUGUGGGUGUGGGUGUGGUUUGAUGUUGCUGUCCAUUUUUAUUUUGAGUCAAAAUGCUGAGCGCACACAGGAAAAUAAACAACAAAAAAAAUCCCCAUCAUCUUUUCUACUGGGCAAGGGAAUGAACAGCAUACACUGUUAUUCAUCCAUCAUUGGAAAGAAGAUGCAAAGCUCCUAAAACGAGCUGACCUUUCAGAAGCAUUUUGGAACUAAAUUAAAAUUCACAGUAGUAUGCCCUUUCUUACUCCAUAUAGACGAGUUAAUUCAUAUUGUUAAAAUGAGGUUUCUGGUAACACCUUGCUUCAGUUUUUAAGAGAAAACAUUCCAAAUGAUUCUUGCCAAUGAACUAAAAAACUAGUGUGUGUGUGUGUGUUUGAAUAUUUUUAUCAUUUGACUGGGGGCCUUUGCACUGGGCAGAUAAAGCAGGUUUCUGUUUUGGAAGUGGAUGAUGUCAAUGUCUCAUGUUGGUGAAUGUAUCAUGUGAAAAAGAAAUGGUUCAUUGGUCCUGGCAACCUGGCUCUGCCCACGCAGCGCACAGGGAGGCUUGAGCAGCUUCCUGUGGGCAGGUUGGGUGGUGUUCAGAUUGUCCUACUGUGUCAGCAGAUUGGUUCUCCAGCACCAAGUCCCAACCACCCUUCCUUUUAAUGAAGCUCUACCUUAUAAAGCCCAGACAACGGGAUCAGGUGGAGCAGAUGUUUGCCUCUGGAUCGGGGUCGGAAUUGGACUGCUGGAGGUCUAAAGCUGUAUGUGUUUGUAGAUUUCCUGCUUUUCACAAUGAAUAAAAUCAUCAACAAAUCA